UCUCUCCUCCUGGUUUUUCUUUUUCCACCUGAUUUUGCCUCCCAUUCAAACUUAUUUUCUCUCUCCAUUUGCUUUGCUUUCCACUUGAUCCUCUGUUUUUAAUGUAUGUUUUCUCUUUCUCCCCUUGAUCUUUUUCAUUCCCUCUCUUGCCUGAUUUUUUUUACCUUUUCUCCCCAUUUUCUCAUCUUUCCACCUGAUUUUCAUUUUCUCAUCUGCCCUGUGAUUUUCUCUCUCUCUCCUUCCACCCGAUUCUCUCAUUCUUCCCCACCUGAUUUUAACCCCCUUUUCUUUCUCCUUGCUACUCUUUCCUCUUCUGGCCAGAGCAUCCUCAGCUACCAUUUGCCUUUGGAGGCUGGCCAUUGCAACUUGGGCGCACCUUCUCCCUGGGCCUCAUGAAUUGCUACUUUGGGGAAGGAGCCCGGCAUCCAACCCUUUUAUUAUUGCCUUGAGAUGGAGCCAGGAUCCCAGACUGACAUGAGAAAGCAUUAAAGGUCUUCAUUUGUGAGUGGGUUUGUCUGCUUUUCAGCUGAAGAGAGUCCCUCCUAAAAAUCUCUUGCAUCAAACCAAACUCUCAGCCUCAGCAGAAAUCACAUUCUAUAUCUCUAGGAACGAGCCAAGAAUAAUAAUAAUACUCAUAUUAAAAAAAGAUCUGUGACAUCUUGAAAGGUCUGACAUCCCUCCAAAAUGAAGAACAGCUGGAAAUCUGCACAUCAACCCCUUAUUUAAAAACCACAAAGAAAAAGCAAAGCCACACUGACUUUUUGAGAGAGAGAAAACCAACGAACUCUUUAAAGUUAAUAUGGAAACCUGAUGGCUUUUUGCUCAGCAUAGAUGCUAAAGAAGGAUGCGGGUGAUUUGGAUCGCUUGGUUGCAAUCUAGAUUCUGCUGUCCCUUUUCUGGAUGUUGAAGGUGGCCUUCCUUUGGCAGGUCUUGCACUUCUGGAGACAGGCCACGUUUCUUGGGAUUGCAGCAUGCGCGCCUCCUCUUCAUUUCUGGAUGGUGUCAUUUCUUUGGGCGUCAAUGCUGCUUCUGGAUAUGGACUGGAUUAAAUAUAUUGGCUAACAAAGACGGUUUUCUGGCAUUGUGCUGCUCUCCAGAGAUUUUUUUUUUUAAAUUCUGGAUAGUUAACAUUGUGUGCUUUUUUCUGGAUUGGAAAGGAUAUGGAAACAAAAUUGUAUACGAUUCCUCAAAGUUUGCAAAAGGCUUUUUGGAUAUUUCUGGAGAGUGCCAUGUCUUGGAAAAUUGCAAAAUUUGAGGUUUUUCUUCAUCUUUUAGUUUCUCUAGAACUUUGCAAUUUCUCUAUAGAAAGAAAUCUGGAUUUUUAAAGGAACUGAAGUUCCAAAGUUUGAUUUUUGCAACUCGUUGCGGAUUGCUAUCGCAAACCUUACAAACUUUCAGCAAAGUACACUGAAUCUGGGCAAUAUCUUUUGCAUUUGGGAGAAAUUUGGAAACCAGACUUCAGUGAAACCAAUAGUCUGGGCUGUGGAAAGCUUUUGCCAAGCAUCUGGAUAAAUUGAUGCCUGUUGCUUUUAUUCUCAGGGGGUUAAAACCUGACCAGCUGGGAUUUUUUAAAAAAAAACCCCACUGUUCUUGAUUUUCUUUCCAUCAUUCUGGAUCUCAGAAGGAAAUUGGGUUAGCCUCUGUGGGAUUUAUAAACAGCCUGUAAAACUGGGACUUUCCAACUGCCUUGCCUUGUGUUGCCAAGAUGAAAACCCAGGAUUUCUGGAUUUCAUGACAUUGCAAAAGCUAUGUCUGUUUUUCUGCCUGUGUCAGGUUGUGUGUGUGUCUAAGGGUUUUUGUUUUUUUUUAAUCUACUUUUGUGAAGGUCUCUCCUUUUGGCUUGCAAUUCCACCCUGCGGUUGCAACACAAUCCCCUGUUCCAACAUGUUGAGUUUACGCCCAGCCUGUCUCAAUCCAUGCAGCCUCCAAGCGGCCAGGCCUUCCCAGAUGGCUUUUCUGGGGCAAUUUUGCUGACCAAGAGCUUUGGGAAAUCUCUUUUUAACAAAAACUUUGGGGAAAGUGGGGGAGAGAGGGACAGAGAGGGAGACAGAAAGAGAGUUGCAAAUUGAAAGUGACUGGACUUCUGAGAAGCCACUUGGAUCAAAGCACAGGGCUUCAUUUCACUGGAAAUCAUUAUAUUUUCAACUUGGCAACCUUGCAAUAUUGUCUUGCCACAACUUUGCCAACUUUUUCCCAUCUCUCCUUUUGUAUCAGUCAUCGCUUCUUCCAAAUGAACUGGAUAUUUUUUAAACAUUUUUUUUUAAAAAAACUGCUAUUAAAUUUCUCAGGAAUCUUUUCUUCUUUUCAGAGCAACCUGCAAUACAAAGUUCACAAAUGCCUCUAAAGAGAAGGUGAUUUUUUUCAGGACUUGUAAAAUAUCAAAGGAAUGGGAAAGGUGUGAUUUGGAUACACUGUUCCCUCUGCGGUUGUCCUUUUCUUCCUCUUUCCUCGGCAGCGUUGGAUCCCCUGCCCUGCCUUUCGAGAAGCAAAAUGUCUGUCCAGCUUUGCCGUGCCCUUUAUGACAACACGGCUGAAUGUCCGGAUGAACUGUCCUUCCGCAAGGGUGACCUGAUGGUUCUUCUCCAGCCGGAAGCCCCAGGCCUCGAAGGAUGGCAUUUCUGUUCCUUGCAUGGCCAACAGGGAAUAGUCCCGGCCAACAGGGUCCGGAUCCUCCCUCAGCCAGCAUCCCCCGGACUGACCCCUUGCCAACAUCAUGCCACUGCUGAGGUUUACCAGGUGCCCAGGAAGGAGGUGGCCUUGGUUGGAAAGGUCUACGAAGUGCCCCAAGAUGAGCAAAGGCAGAAAGAGCGGAGGAAAGAGGAUCAGGAGGUAUAUGAGGUGCCACCACCUGCCCGGCCCUGUCCAUUGCCCCCAGAGAGUAUCUACAGGGUGCCUCGGGGCACCAGAAGAGAUGGGGACCCCACGGAAGUUUACGACGUCCCCUCUUCCGUGCUCAGGGACUCUCCAUCUGACACUUACGACUCGCCUUCUCUUUGCCCGAAGAAAGUGGCCCGUGUGGCCCCACAGCCCACGGCCCCUCCGCCUUCUGACGACCCUUACGACAUUCCUCUCGCCUUCAAAAAACUGUCAAGUCCGGAGGUGGAAGAGGAGGUGGACGACGAAGACUCUGAGGGUCCCCUGGUUUACGCCACUCCAUCCAAUUUACGCCGGGCAUCGGCCUUGCUUAAUUUGUAUGAGUCGCCAGAGGAAGUAUUAGGGGGAGGCAGAGAGGAAAAGGAUGAGGAGGAAGAGGAAGAGGAUGGGGGGAUCUAUGACGUUCCUCUCCUGGUAUCGAGCUCUCCACCCCUUGAAGGGGCACUCCAAGGACUGAGCCUGAGGGAGUCCGGGCCUCCGUCCCGCCCUCGCCUGCCCUCAGCGGAAAGCUUGUCCCGUCGUCCAUUGCCUGCCCUUCCCAGCGAAGAACGGCUGUCGGUGGAGCCCCCUCCACCAUCUCCAAGCAUUGUGAGGAAGGGUAGUAUCCAGGACCGCCCGCUACCUCCACCGCCACCCCGACUGGGGGGUCUUGGAGCAGGGGAGCAGCUGGAGCAAGUCAGGGAUGAUGGACACAAUGAAUAUGAAGGGAUUCGCCUGCCAGAUGAAUAUGACUAUGUUCACCUCAAGGGAGCAGAUAAAAUCCAGCCGAAAGUGACCACUCCUGAAGGGAACCCUGGACUCACGCUACCUACAGACAUUGCUCAGAAUGAAGAAAUGGCACCACCUUCCCCAGAAGACAACCAGCUCCUGCAGUUUUAUACAGGGCAAUGUCAGACUCAUUACACCACCCUACUUUCGGCCAUCGAAGCGCUGCUCACCAGUGCAGGUGCCCAGAAGCCCCCUUGGGUCUUUGUGCCUCAUGGCAAAUUUGUCAUUGUCACAGCACACAAACUGGUCUUUGUGGGGGACACUGUGUCCCGCCUGGCCUCCUCUGCAAUGGUGCGAACAAGGGUGGGGGCUGCCAGCAGUUCUCUCUGCCAGGCACUGAAAGAAGCCGUACGUUCGGUCAAGAAUGCCGCCUUGCGCUACCCUUCUCCUCCAGCUGCCCAGGAGAUGCAAGAGUGCGUGGCAGAACUCUCCCGACAGGCCUUGGCUUUCACCUCCUUGCUCGGCACCUUGGCACCAUCUUGAUGAUUCUGCCCUCUGCGUCUGCUUCGAUUCUUCACCAGCAAACACACAUAGACACAAUGUGAGAGAAAGACAGACACAAGAAUCCCUGGUGCCAAUAAUUCCUACAUCACUUCAGACCUCUUAUUGGGGUUGUGCCCUGUGGACUUCAGCAAUGGUUAUGCCUGAACAUGCCUAUUGGAUAACUCUGGGCCUUGCAUCAGUACCAAUGCUUCCUUUCAGCUCUGGCUUUCAGGACCCAGAAGCACCAUUUUGUGACUCCAGAUGUUCAUGCUUGUCCCCAAUAGCCAUAACUUUGCUCAGUGACAUUCCUUUAGCCCCUUCUUGGCUCCUCUACAAGGACCUAUACCUCACCUUGGACUAGAAAUGGUUUUUCUGAGUACCAAACCUUUGCCCACUUCUUAAUUUUUUAGACCUUGGUCUUUUGCAGGUACAAAUAUGGCUUAGAACCUUUGGCUGUUGUCCUAACCAAAGAGCCUUUCUGAUCUUUGCCCUCUGACCCCAAGGUGCACAUCAUGGCUUAUUUUUCCCCUACCAACUACUUUCCCUUUGAAACGACAGACCUUCAGAAUGGUUCCAUCAACAGUAUUCACAUUCCUGAAAUGUUUCUGCUCAAAAACUUCUGAUGAUGAUAUGGAGUUGUAGACCAAAGACAUGCAUUACACCAACUGAGGAAGGCCGUGAUCACUGCCUUCCCACAAACUUGAUGGCAGUUAUCAGGGGCAGAGCCCCUCAAUAAAAGCCUUAAUGGUAAAGGAGUACUGUAGGUAGAGAAUUUGGGGAAAAUGUCCCUUUUUCAUUCUGUAACAAAGUCUUCUGGAAAGGGUGGAGGAAGGAAAUAUAAAAAAAUGAUGGGAAUAGUUGGUAUAGAGACAACAGAGAAGAUUAAGGAGGUUGGGGACAAGAAUGACCCAGGCAGUGUGAAAGCAAACAAAGAAGGAUUGCCAAAUGCAAAAGGAAGCAAAGAAAUCUGGAGCAGAAGGAAAGAAGCCAAGGGUCAGGAGGAAAUGAUAAAAAAUAGACACUAGAGUAACUGGUCAAGGUAGACUUUAUAUGGCACGCAAUACAGACCACAGAUACGGUCACUUGCAUACUGAAAGGGAUGCACAUGGAGCAUUUGGAGAGCACUGGGGAGAUAAACCAUUGCUAGGGCAGUUGGCAAAGACCCCAUCUGCAGGGACAAGGAAGACAGCCUGACCCACUAAUCAAUUUACUCAGGUCCAUGCCUCCCUUCUCUGAAAUCCCCUUUCUAAUUUUGCAUUCUUUCUUGAGUAGGUGACAACCACAUGUUCACUUGAUAGACAUCCCCCUCCACACACACAAAUAUAAAUACACACAAAGGACCCUUCAUCUCACUUCGUUGCCGGAAGCAAAUGGGGUCAAAACAUCUCUCUCAGGAAAUAUUUGCCAAGUUAUUUUCUAGGUUUGGUCAUAAUAAAAUUGGUGUUAAAAACAAA